GAGAGCACGAACACAGCUCUACCGAGCUUCAGCAUCCCCACGUCACGCCAAAUAACCGACGACGGCACAACGACAUCUUCAAUCUCCACUCCAAACCUCUAAUUGACUUUUCCUUCCAAACCUCAAUUGGCCACACCAUCAAUUCAUCAUGGCCUCUUCGCUCAAGACCUCCGUCUUGCGCAUGCCGUUAACAGGUCUCGUGCGCUCAUCACAAAAAGCUUCAUUCUCAACCCUCCGCCCAGCAUCAUGUCUCUCAGCAUCGCCGUUCCGACCUCAAUGUUUCACACCCGUCGUCGCAAAGACCUUCUCCCGCACCUACGCCGAUAAGCUGCAGUCCACCGAACUCCCCCCGCUUGACUGGAACAGCUUCUUCAAGCUGCGAGUUUCGCGCCGACGAUACCAGCUCUUGUUCUCCAUCACCAAUGGCUUAUUCGCCGGUGGUGCGGGUGCCGUUUUUCUCUCGACGGGUCUGGCGGAACCGAUCAUUUCGCAAAUCCCUCUCGAUCCGUUUAUGACGCUGGGACUUAUGACGCUCGCGUUCUCGGGUCUUGGGUGGUUGAGCGGCCCUAGUGUUGGAAACCAGGUGUUUUACCUCUUGAAUCGUCAGUGGAAGAAGCAGAUGACGCAGAAGGAGGCUCAGUUCUUUGAGCGCAUCAAGAAGCAUCGGGUUGACCCCACCAACUCGAGCGCCAGCAACCCUGUUCCCGAUUUCUACGGCGAAAAGAUUUCUAGUGUUUCUGGAUAUCGCCAAUGGCUAAAAGACCAAAAGGCAUUCAACAAAAAGAAGACUGCCAACUUCGUGUAAAAAAAGAAAAGAAAAAAAUAUCUCACAUGAGUCUCUGUUGACUUGAGCAAAAUGUUAUUUGUAAUGGCGCAGCUGAUGGGCAGGAAUGGCCUGUCCUUGGUGUGCUCGGGUUAACACGGGCAUUGUAUGUUGCAUGUAUGUAUCAUAAAAUCUCUCAUCCAAUACGACUAUCCCCAUUUCCUCUUUUAGCUGGCGUCUUUUUUGCCUAUAUAAAAGGUACAGAUGGGUCAACAGUGUCCUUCCAUGACUUGAUACCACCCAGAAUAUCGCCGAUAAAUCUCUCCCCGUUGUUCCCUAGUCCCAGGUCUUUGAGUUUCUGCGCGGCAAUCUGCGAAUCGUUGCCGACUCGGCAGACGACGUAUAUGGGGGUUGAAUGAGGCAAAUCGCUUGGCCAUCCCUCGGGUGUUGCUUCACCACGAGCGCUCAUGAAACGACUGAUAGGGAUGUUGACCGAACCUGAAAUAUUGCAGAGGUCAAAAUGUUCCUUCUCUCGGACGUCCACGAGCAGCAUAUCCUCGUUCUCUAGCUUGGAGAGCUCAUCGUACUCCUUCGCUGUGACUCGCUCAUCCGGUUUAAGCAAUUGAACAGGCUGCUUGACACCGCAGAACUGAAUAUAGUCCAUUGAGUUCUUCAGCUCAUCCAACGUCAGUCUGUUCUCAUCACCACAAGCCAAACAAGUCUUUCUUCUACCCCUCAUCCUCACAGAUCGGAAAGGGGUAUCAGCCAUGCCGCUGAAAAGUAACAGCAUCGGUGUCUUGACUUCCCCAUGGGUCUCGAGAUCACCUCUUGAAAUCAACUUGAUGGCCUCCAAAGCCUGUAAGAUACCCAUUGUACCAACAAUAGGUCCAAUGAUACCACCCUCACCGCAUCCAACCACGCUAUCUGGUGGUGGCGGCGUAGGGAAUACGCAGCG